UUGAUCUACAGAUGGGACAGCAACUUGAUGUGUGCUUGACUACUGGAAGUCCCAGGCUUGAUAUGACCAGGACCAUUCGAUGAGGGCGCCCAGGCUCAUGAAGGGCCCCUCGUGGGCGGGUUGCCUUGCGCGAACCAGCAAGGCUUCGUCAAUGGCACCCGGGUUGAGACCGGUCUUCUCACUCGCAUCUUCACAUGUCGCACCCAAGACGGCGCGGGUACCAGCUUCUCACCGCUGUCUCGACGUUGCCCUGACACAUUCCCUCGCAAGGCGUGUAUCAACAGCUGCCUCUCCGGAAACACCGAGUCCUCUCCCAACCCAGCCGCUCUACUCGCCUCCCACGUCGGGGAUCCUGUCUCUCCUUCCAAAGUCAUGGGUCCCCUAUGCCGAGCUCAUUCGCAUCGACAAGCCCACCGGCACCUACUACCUCUUCUUCCCCUGUCUGUUCUCGACGCUUCUAGCCGCCCCAAUGGCAACGCCAAUGGCUACCCCGGGGUCGGUCAUCGGAACGACCGCCCUCUUUUUCGCCGGCGCCCUCAUCAUGCGAGGCGCUGGCUGCACCAUCAACGACCUCUGGGACCGCAACCUGGACCCUCACGUGGCCAGGACCAAGUUCCGGCCCAUCGCCCGCGGUGCCAUCACCCCCUUCAACGGCCUGGUUUACACCGGUGCUCAGCUGCUCGCCGGGCUUGGCAUCCUCCUCCAGUUCCCGACCUCAUGCCUCUUCUACGGCAUCCCGAGUCUGCUUUUCGUUGCCAGUUACCCCCUGGCCAAACGAGUCACCUACUACCCCCAGUUCGUCCUCGGGCUGACUUUCUCCUGGGGCGCCAUCAUGGGAUUCCCCGCCCUGGGCCUGGACCUCCUUUCCAACUCGGCCGCCCUGACGGCCGCCGCUUGCCUGUACACUUCGAAUAUCGCCUGGACCGUCUUGUAUGACAUGAUCUACGCACACAUGGACAUCAAGGACGAUGCCAAGGCCGGCAUCAAGAGCAUUGCCCUCAAACACAAUGCCGACACGAAGAAGGUCCUGACCGGCCUCGCUGCCGUCCAGAUUGGCCUCCUCGGUGCUGCUGGUGUCGCCGCCGGAGCAGGGCCGGCCUUCUUCGUGGGGAGCUGCGGUGGCGCCUUGGUGACGCUCGGGGUCAUGAUCAAGCGCGUCAACCUCAAGAGCGUCAAGGACUGCUGGUGGUGGUUCGUCAACGGCUGCUGGCUGACGGGUGGCGCCAUCAGUUUGGGCCUAGCGGUCGAUUAUGCUGUACGAUAUAGCCAGGAGGGCAAGACGGAGGAAUCGGAGCCAACUGCUUAGGUAGAAGGGGGCCCUGUGUAUCAUAAGUAGCAUACAGCAGUGUUGUACACAUAGAUGGCAUAUCAAACAAGUAGCAUUUCCAGGCCAACACAGCGGCGAGCCAA